CUAAUUUUGAUUGCCUUGUAUUCAAUAUGUUUACCUGUGAACAACUUUAGUCACCGAUGACCUUGAGAAAGAAUCAAGGCUAUGAGUAGAUUUAUUUCAUUCUUAAAAAUGAUUGGCCAGAUUAUUAGGGCUAUGAUAUAUUGACCAAUAAGAAUCAAGAUAAAAGUAGCCAAUAGCGUGUGCCCAAUAUAUAUAUAUAUAUAUUCACGUUUGCACUUUUGUUUGUAAAUUGAUAAACCUCUUUUUUACCUUUUGUAUCCAUGGCGUUUCCACAAUUUUAUUCCAUUAUCCUUAUUUUAUUUUGUUUAAAUUUAUAUAAAACACAUAAGACAUAUGUAUAUCAUUAUACAACAAAUAUAACAGAGAAUUCACAUAAAGAAAUGAUUUUACAAAGUAUAUCAGGUUAUGUUUAUAUUACACCAAUAAUAACGAAAGAAAUGAAUGAUACAAUGAAUGAACUAUAUAAUAAGACAUUAUGGUAUAUCACAUUGAAUAUUACUACUACUCAUAAUACUACUAAUAAAGAUCAAUUUAUAGAUCCAUUCAUCAUUUUAAAUGGUUUAAUCUUAUUUGAUCAUAAAGGAUUGAUUGAUAGAAUUUAUAUUCCACAAUCUAAAUCUAUAAUGUAUCAUAUACAAUUGAAUUUAUUCAAAGGAUUAUUAAGUUUAUUAAAUAUACAUAAUACAUUUGAACCAGGUUAUGAAAUAGAUAGUUCUGGUAAAUGUUAUGUAACUUAUGCAAUUCUAUCAUCAAAUCUAACAACAACUAAUAAUGAUCAUGAUCAUGAUGAUUUCAUUAUUAUUGACAAAGAGAAGAAAUUUUGUCAAAGAUUAACUCAUUCCAUUGAUAUAUGGAAUGAGAAUUUAUUAAAGAUAAUACAAUUAAAAGAAAUAAGACAAAUAAUAACACGUUAUAUCUAUGAUAAAAUCACAUAUCAAAUAUAUCAAAUACAAGGAUAUGAAAGACAAAUUUAUUCCAUGAUUAAUGAUACAUUAGAUAGUAACUAUGGUGAUUAUGAUGAUUAUAAUGGACAAUAUAAACAAUUUAUUAAUUCUACUGGUAUUGAUUUAAUUACAUGGCAACAAUUAGAAUUUAUACAUGAAAUGGAUACCUAUCAUCAUUAUCUUCAUCAUCAUCAUCAUAAUAAUAGAAUAGAAGAAAUCAUUAAAAAACAAUAUGAUUUAACAUUGAAUGAAAUCAUUGAAUUAUUAUUUGAUUCAAAUUAUCAAAUGAUUCAUUUAGGUCUUAUUUAUCCAAUUACAAAAUCAACUAAAUGUAGUUUAAAUGUCAACUUAUUCAAUCAUUCCAAUGACAACAAUGAUGAUAAUGAUAAUCACAAUUAUCAUGAAGAAUUAAUCCAUUUACGUCAAUCAAUUGAAUCCUAUCGUGAUUCUUUACAAACUGAUCUAAUUGGGACAAUUCAAUCCGCUGAAGCUGUAUUACAUUUAAUUGAUCAAUUACGUUGUCUACCAAAUACAAAUCAAUCGAUUACAAUGUUAAAUAGUGUGACUAUGUUAUCACCACCAGCCAUAGAUACACAUUUAAUUUAUCGUCAAUUGAAUACAUGGAAAGAUCAAUUAAUCGAUAUAUUGAUUAAUUGUGGUACCAAUGUAUGUUUAACUAUUGUAUUCAAUCGAUUAAAUGCAUUAACACAAUUUAUUGAUUUAAAUAAUCAUCAUCAUAAUGAAUAUAAUAAGAAUUCCAUUGAAAUCAUUAAAACAAAAGAAUUAUUAUAUCAAAAAUUAUGGCCAUCUUUAUCCCAUAUGAAUCAAUUGAAUAUUGAACAAAUCAAUCAAUUAUAUCAAUUCUGUGAAAAAUCAAUCAAUAUCGAUCAAAAUUAUGUGUGUUUAAUGACCUUGGUGAAUUUAAAUUCCCGCAUUGAAAAUUAUGAACAAUUUGAUUAUUUUAAACAAAUUAUCAAACAUAUUGAACAUUUAUUAAAUCUAUCUAAUCAUCAUCAUAAUUUAUUAUUAACAAUAGGGAUAUCAUUAAGUAAACAAUUACAUUCUCCUUAUUUAACGAAUUCCUUAUUAGAAUUAUUAUUUAAUGAUCAAUUACCAUCGAUUAUACAUACAUUAAUUAUUCAAGCGAUUGGUGAAAUACAUUUUUCAAAAGAUUCUAAUCACCAUAGUAACAAAAUACAACUCAUGGAAAUCACAACAAAAUUGAUUGAAAUCUUUUUAACCAUACCAAUUCAUUUCAAUAAUGAAAUAUUAAUUAAUUAUGAAAUAUUUAAAUUAUUAUUAUCAUCAUCUCCCUCUCAUUUAUCUUCCAUAGAGAUUACUUAUUUAUUACGUCAAUUAUCUAAACAACAGAGAUGGACAUUAAUUAAAUUAUGUCGUCAAUUAAUUAUUCAUUGGUGUCAAUUACAAAUAUUGAAUAUUCAUGAAUGUGAUUGUUUAAAUGGUUUAUUAUCGAAAUGUCAAUUAUAUUUAGCUGGUAGUUGGUAUGGUUUAAUUGGUGAUAAUCAUAAUCAACAAUUAAAAUUAAUUGGUAAAUCAAUAUUAUUACAUAAUGAAUUGAUUCAUAUUAAUAAUCAAUUAUUGAUUGAUUAUCAUUCUUAUCUUGUAUAUGAUUCAUAUAAUGGAUUACAAUUAUCGAAUUUUAUGAUGAAUUUAAUCAGUAAAGAUGAUGAAAUAUUAUUAUUUAAUUUUAAUAUACAAGCAAAUGAAUUAAAUAAUUUAAUUAAUUUAUCAUCCCGUAAACAACAAUCACCACCACCAUCUUCAUCAUCGACGAAAACAUCGACGACGUCGACGUCGAAGUCGACGACAACAACAGGAGAGACAUGGGUGAAUUAUGAUUUAAAUUAUUUAGGUAUAUCAUUAUUACCAAAUGAAUUAUUUUCUGGUGGAUUAUCAAAUUUAAUGAAAUUAUUCUUAUCAACAACAAAUCAAUUUAUAUCUUUAUUAAAAAUGAUUCAAUUACCAAUAGAUCAAAGAAUUCAAACAACUAUAUCUUCUGGAUGGUUAAUACAAAUUGAUCAUUUAACUAUAUACACAAUGAAUAUAUUAAAUGCUAUAGAAACUAAUUUAUGGUAUUUAACAGGACGUAAUAAUUUAAGAACUAAAAUUGGUUUAAUCAAUGAUAUAAAAAUUCAUUUAGUUCAAUUGUAUGAUAAAGAUAAUACAAUGAAUAUGCCUAGAUCACAAUUGUAUAUUCAUAAAGGUAAUGCUAUACAAGGUUAUAUUGAUUUUAUUACAAAUAUACAUAUUAAUCAUUUACCUGAUAGUAUUUGUUUAGCAAUGAAUCAAGGUGUGAAUACAUUUAUUGUACAAUGGUAUUCGAUGAAUAGUACUACUCAACAUUCAUCAUCGACUACAAUACAAAGUCCUUCUUCACCUUCUUCUUCGCCCUCUUCUUCACCUUCUUCUUCUUCUUCUUCUUCUUCUUCUUCUUCUUCUUCUUCUUCUUCACCCUCUCCACCUUCUUCUUCUUCUAUUUAUCAUUAUAUAUCGAAUUAUACAUUACAACCUGUAUCCUAUUUUCUAGGUUAUGAUAAUUCAUUACAAUGUAAUAAGAUGAAAGCAAAAACGAUUUGGUGAAAUAGUUUUUACCACUAAAAAUCAAAUUUGUUUAUUUUUUCAAAUUUUUUUUUCAUGUUUUUUGUUUACCUUCCUUCUCUGUCUCCUUUUUCAUUCAGAAUUGUAAUGUGCAUUUCUAGGAGAAAAUUUACUUACUUACUUACUUACUUACUUACUUACUUACUUACUUACUUACUUACUUACUUACUUACUUACUUACUUACUUACUUACUUACUUACUUACGCUUGUUACUCUACGUGAAGGAAAAUAGACCGCUCACCAGCAUUCUCUAUUGGUAGUUCUUCUAAAGUUAUUGCCAAUUCUAGAUUCGGGUAAAAAAAGAGGAGGGUUGGGCAUGGAGUUAACAACUCCAUUCCGUAAUAAACAAACUUGAUAAGAUGAUAAUUGAUCGAUGAACAGAAUAGAUUUAAUUGAUUGUAAAUCUUGGAAUUAUCAUGCAAAAUUCAUUCCUUCAUUUAACUAAUUCAUCAUGGAAAUAUGACAUUGAAUUCCUAAUCUUAGUAACUAGGUAGAUAUCUUUAUGAUCAUGUUAGCAUUGUACAAAUCUUCUCCAUAAAUUAUAAUCUCUUAUCACAUUUAAUCUCAUAAUUAGGAAUAUUCAUUUUUCUAAAGUCUCUAUGCCAAAUCAUUUAUCUUGAUUAUUUUGUUAUAAAUCAAUAGAAUGAGAUGUUAUUCUUUGAAUUGGAUAGUCUAGUCAUAGAGUUUUCAUUGUUCAUCUGAAUCACAUCAUCAUCAUCAUCAUAUGGAUCAAUAUGCAAUUGAAUUAUUAAAUACAAUGUAAUUUAAGAAUAAAUUGUUUAGCAUUUAA